GCCUCAGAACGCGGAAGUGUCGUCGAUCCGUCCAUAGUGGGUUGUGGAAGUGCGGCUGUUGAAAAUGCGGUGUCGGCAUGUGUGAACGAGACAUGGUGCCAGAACAUGGGAAGCAGCAGAAACACUCGUCGCAGUCUAAUAGCGAGGGCGACGUGGACGGAUCGUAUGUGUUUGAGGCUAAAGAGGCCUGGAAGGAUUUCCACAACUCCCUCAGACAGUUUUACGAGAACGGAGAGCUGUGUGAUGUCACUCUGAAGGUCGGAAACAGACUGAUACCAUGUCACAAACUGGUUCUGGCCUGCGUGGUGCCGUAUUUUCGUGCCAUGUUCCUCUCAGAUAUGGCCGAGGCCAAUCAGGACUUGAUUGAGAUACGAGAUUUCGACGCAGAUGCCAUCCAGGACCUGGUGUGUUUCGCGUACUCCUCGCGGCUGACGCUGACGGUGGAUAACGUUCAGCCGCUGCUGUACGCGGCGUGUAUCCUGCAGGUGGAGCUGAUCGCUCGGGCCUGCUGUGAAUACAUGAAAGCUCACUUCCACCCCUCCAACUGUCUGGCCGUCCGCACCUUCGCAGAGAGUCACAACAGGGUGGACCUGAUGGACAUGGCUGACCGCUACGCCUGCGAGCAUUUCAGAGAAGUGGUGGAGUGUGAGGACUUCAUCUGCGUCUCGCCGCAGCACCUCAAGACGCUGCUGGCCUCCGGUGAUCUGAACAUUCAGUCUGAGACUCAAGUGUACAACGCCGCCGUCAAAUGGCUCAAAGCCAACCUGAAGCACCAUGACGUCUGGCUGGAUCAGAUCAUGUCUCAGGUGCGUCUUCCUCUGCUGCCGGUGGAUUUCCUCACAGCCACUGUUGCUAAAGAGGAGAUGAUCAAGGCCAAUUUGAGCUGCAGAGACCUUCUGGACGAAGCUCGGAAUUAUCAUCUGCAUCUUAGUAACAAGAGCGUUCCUGACUUUGAGUAUUCGAUCCGUACGACUCCCCGCAAGCACACCGCAGGUGUGUUGUUCUGCGUCGGGGGACGGGGCGGAUCCGGGGACCCCUUCCGCAGUAUCGAGUGUUACUCCAUCAGUAAAAACAGCUGGUUCUUCGGCCCUGAAAUGAACAGCAGACGCAGACACGUGGGAGUGAUUUCAGUAGCAGGGAAAGUGUAUGCUGUUGGAGGCCAUGAUGGCAACGAGCACCUCGGGAACAUGGAGAUGUUUGAUCCACACACCAACAAAUGGAUGAUGAAAGCCUCCAUGAGCACAAAACGGAGGGGGAUUGCGCUGGCUGCUCUCGGCGGACCCAUCUACGCUAUCGGUGGUCUGGAUGAUAACUCCUGCUUCAGUGAUGUGGAGCGCUAUGACAUCGAGUCGGACCGCUGGAGCGCCGUGGCUCCUAUGAACACACCCAGAGGAGGCGUGGGAUCUGUGGCGCUCGGGGGCUAUGUGUACGCGGUCGGGGGGAAUGACGGCGUUGCAUCGCUGUCCAGCGUGGAGCGCUUCGACCCUCAUCUGAACAAAUGGACAGAUGUGCGAGAGAUGGGGCAGCGGCGCGCUGGAAACGGUGUCAGCGAACUCAACGGAUGCCUCUACGUUGUUGGCGGGUUUGAUGAUAAUUCUCCGCUGAGCUCAGUGGAGCGCUUCGACCCCAGAACCAAUCACUGGGAGUAUGUGGCGGAGUUGACCACGCCCAGGGGCGGAGUCGGAGUUGCCACGGUGAUGGGGCGUGUCUUUGCAGUGGGGGGGCACAAUGGAAACAUCUACCUGAAUACGGUGGAGGCCUUCGAGCCCCGGAUGAACAGAUGGGAGCUUGUGGGCUCUGUGUCUCACUGUCGGGCCGGGGCCGGAGUCGCCGUCUGUUCCUCUCACAUCAGUCAGAUUCGAGAUGUCGGCCAGGGCUCCAGUAACGUCGCUGACUGUAUGUAGCCACUUUGUCAUAGUUUGACACACUUCAACACUAACGCUUCAGCCUAAAUACGCUCCGAACACCUGCAUUCAGCCGUGAUGUGGCUCUGGAUCAGGAGUCUGUUGUGUUUAUUCAACUCUUUUGUGUACUACGUGUCAAGAGAAGUUUAUUAUGUUUUUGCUCUAAUUUUGUUAGUGGAAAGUGUUUUUUUCUAUCUGUGAGAUCACAUGAUCACUGUGUCUGAUGUUUGUACUGAUUUCUGCUGCCUGAACUGCUGAAAGUAAUUUCUCUCUUAGACAAUAAGAAAUCUUCAGUAAACUAGACUAUAGUGCUCAGAAAUCAGUAUUGAUGUUCAGUC